UGACAGUGUGUAUUCGCUCGUUCAGUAUCAUCGGAAUCGAAUUGCCAAAUGCAAAUGCAGGCGGACAAUUGCUUCGGCCAUUAGAGAGGGAAAUGACAGCGCAGUAUUCCCUGUAUGGACAGCGGUUGAGUCGCACCUCGAAUCAAUGUACGUGUGGUGAAUGACCGGUUGAGGUGCGGUUGAGUCGCAUCUCGAAGCUUGUCUUUAUUUUAUUCCUUCGCUCUCUCUCGAUCUCUCUCUCUUUAUAUCUAAACCCCAAGAUGAUUAGCGCCGGCUCCACUCUCCAGUGGCGAGAACGGUUGUCGGGUCUGAUGGAUCGCAGCGCUUUGCCAAGGACUUCUAUUUCUGAUAGCUACUUGAUUAAAUGAACAAGGGGCAAGAAGCUGUCAAGAAAUAUGGUGGUGGUUUAUCUAUUCUGUAUAUUUAUGUUUUUGCAUUCCAAAGUUGAAUCUGAUCGUCAAGGUGAUGCAUUAUAUGACAUGAGAGUGAGGUUAAAUGCCACUGCGAAUCAGCUUACUGAUUGGAAUCAAAAUCAGGUUAAUCCUUGUACAUGGAAUUCUGUUAUCUGUGACAGUGACAACAAUGUCAUUCGAGUGACAUUGUCUUCAAUGGGAUUUAAUGGAGUCCUAUCACCAAGAAUUGGAGAACUCCAGUAUCUAGCUGUUUUGUCAUUGCCUGGUAACAAUAUAACCGGCGGAAUACCAGAACAGCUUGGCAACCUCUCUAGUUUGACCAACUUGGAUUUGGAAAAUAAUUGUCUGAGUGGAGAAAUACCAGCUUCCCUUGGCAAGCUUUCUAAGCUUCAGAUUUUGAUCCUUAGCCAAAAUAAUCUGACAGGAAACAUUCCUCAAUCCCUCGCAAAUCUUGAUUCCUUAAAUGACAUUCGUCUAGCUUUCAAUCAUCUUUCUGGACAAAUACCUGAAGAGCUCUUUCAAGUAGCUAGAUACAACUUCACAGGUAACAAUCUGAACUGCGAUAUGAAUUAUCAACGCCCUUGUGCUUCCGCCAUGCCUGUUCAUGGAAAAUCCCAAAAUUCCAAAGUAGGAAAAAAUUCCAAAGUAGGAAUUUUGCUUGGAAUUUUUGGAGCUGUCAUUGUAUUGCUUGUUACGGGCGCCAUACUUUUUGUAUGCAAGGGUCACAGGAAGGGAUAUCGACGAGAAGAAUUUGUUGAUGUUGCAGAUGAAGAUGAUCGCAGAAUUGCAUUUGGACAGUUAAAAAGAUUUGCUUAUCGAGAAUUACAGAUUGCAACAGAUGGAUUUAGUGAAAAGAAUGUCCUCGGACAAGGUGGUUUUGGAAAAGUAUACAAAGGAGUGCUUCCAAAUAAUACUAAAAUUGCCAUAAAACGGUUGACUGAUUGUGAGAGUCCAGGUGGGGAAGCUGCAUUUUUACGUGAAGUAGAGAUGAUAAGUGUUGCUGUCCACAAAAAUCUUCUGAGAUUGAUUGGCUUUUGUACAACACCAAAGGAGCGUCUUCUUGUCUAUCCUUUUAUGCAAAACUUGAGUGUUGCAUAUCGUUUACGAGAGUUCAAAACUGGGGAACCAGUGUUGAAUUGGACAACAAGAAAAAGGGUGGCGCUAGGUACUGCACGUGGAUUAGAGUACCUUCAUGAACAUUGCAAUCCUAAGAUAAUACACCGUGAUGUUAAAGCUGCUAAUGUCUUACUCGAUGAGGACUUUGAGGCUGUAGUAGGUGAUUUUGGCUUAGCAAAAUUGGUAGAUGUGAGGAAGACAUCUGUGACAACUCAAGUUCGGGGAACUAUGGGUCACAUAGCACCUGAGUAUUUAUCCACUGGCAAAUCAUCUGAGAGGACAGAUGUAUUUGGUUAUGGAAUUAUGCUUCUUGAACUUGUCACUGGACAACGUGCAAUAGAUUUUUCUCGCUUGGAGGAAGAAGAUGAUGUUUUAUUGCUUGACCAUGUGAAGAAGCUACAAAGAGAGAAACGCUUGGGUGACAUUGUUGACAGAAAUCUCAAUAAUGAAUAUGAUGGUCAAGUUGAAAUGAUGAUCCAAGUUGCUCUUCUUUGCACUCAAGCAUCACCAGAGGACCGCCCCACCAUGUCUGAGGUGGUGCGGAUGCUUGAAGGAGAGGGUCUCGCUGAGAGAUGGGAAGAGUGGGAGCAAGUAGAAGUGACCAGAAGGCAAGAGUAUGAAAGAAUGCAGAGAAGGUUUGGUUGGGGAGAAGAUUCUUUGUACAACCAAGAUGCAAUCGAACUGUCCUGUGGAAGAUGACAUAAGAUUAUGAAGUAGGGAUGCAAAAAGACUCGUAUGCUGAAGUCUUUUACUCUGUUUUUUCCUCGUGUGUUUUGAGAGAUGGUUCUUGCAUUUGGUUUAAACUCAAGAUGUCAGUUUGUCGAUUUUCGCAACUGAAUUCGCACUCUUAGAGGGUGAAGACUGGUGUAAAUAUCCUGAAGUAGGUAUUUCUCAAUAUCAAUAAGUAGCUGAUGGUAUCACUUUAGAAUCA